AUGAACGGAGCUCAGGUGUUCUUCUACGGCGUGGCCUACGGCCAGUUCCUCGCCGGCGUGGGUGGGGGCCCCGGCGGCGACGAGCCGAACCGCCCGUGGCGCCCCAAGUCGGCGCACGAGGCCGACGCCGCCCCGGCGGCGGCCCUGCGCAAGAAGAGGCCGGCGGCGUCCCGCAACCGCAAGAAAGACCACCCUGCAGCUGCAGCAGCAGCAGGGGGAGAGGCAGCGGGGCCUUACCCGUGCCCCAUCUGCCACCGCCUCUUCGACGCGGUGAAAGCCGUCCAUGGCCACCAGCGCAGCCACCCGGAGCGCGACUGGCGCGGCAUGGCGCCGCCGCGCCCGCUGCCGCCCGUCGCCGCCGACGGCAAGCAGUACCGCUACGCCUGCGACCGCUGCGGGGCCCCCUUCGAGACACGCCAGGCGCUCGGCGGCCACCGCGCCAGCCACAGCGGCAAGAUGGGGUGCUUCUCGCUCUCCAGGCAGCAGCCGCCCGCCGCCGUGCCGCCUGCUGCUGCGCCCAUGCCCGUCUUCCCCUUUGACCUCAACGAGCCGGCGCCGGAGCAGGAGGAGUAG